AUGGUGCCUCUGCCGCCUGAAUCUCUACCACCUGCGCCUCUGCCGCUGCCGCUGCCGCCGUGUAAGCCUCUACCACCUGUGCCUCUGCCGCUUCCGCCGUGUAAGCCUCUACCACCUGUGCCUCUGCCGCUGCCGCCUCUGCCGCCUGAAUCUCUACCACCUGGUUCUCUGCCGCUGGUGUCUCUGCCGCCUGAGCCUCUGCCGCUGACGCUGGUGUCUCCAUCACCUGAGCCUCUACCACCUGUGCUUCUGCCACUACUGAUGGUGCCUCGGCCGCCUGAAUCUCUACCACCUGCGCUUCUGCCGCUGGUGCCUCUGCCGCUUCCGCUGUGGUGUCUCCAUCACCUGAGCCUCUACCACCUGCGCCUCUGCUGCUGCCGAUGGUGCCUCCGCCGCAUAAGCCUCUACCACCUGCACCUCUGCUGCUGGUGCCUCUGCUGCCUGAAUCUCUGCCGCUUCCACUGUAUAAGCCUCUACCACCUGCACCUGCCGCUGCCGCUGGUGCCUCUGCCGCCUGAACCUCUGCCGCUGCCGCUUCCGCCGUGUAAGCCUCUACCACCUGCACCUCUGCCGCUGCCGCCUCUGCCGCCUGAAUCUCUACCACGUGCGCCUGUGCCGCUGGUGCCUCUGCCGCCUGAACCUCUGCCGCUGCCGCUGCUGCCGUGUAAGCCUCUACCACCUGUGCCUCUGCUGCUGCCGCUGGUGCCUCUGCCGCCUGAAUCUCUACCACCUGCGUCUCUGCCACUGGUGCCUCCGCCGCCUGAGCCUCUGCCACUGUCGCUGGUGUCUCCAUCACCUAACCCUCAACCACCUGCGCCUCUGCCACUGCCGAUGGUGCCUCUGCCGCGUAAGCCUCUACCACCUGCACCUCUGCCGCUGCCGCUAGUGCCUCUGCCGCCUGAAUCUCUACCACCUGCAUCUCUGCCGCUAGUGCCUCCGCCUCCUGAACUGUGAGGGGAGAGACUCCAUCAGGCAAGGCCUCCUUCCACCUGCCUUGCCCCACCCUCCGGCCCUGGGUCUCCUCAUAAGGGAGCUGUGCCUGCAGGAAGAACUGUGAGGGGAGAGACUCCACCAGGCAAGGCCUCCUUCCACCUGCCUUGCCCCACCGUCCGGCCCUGGGUCUCCUCCUAAGGGAGCUGUGCUUCUCAAUGUGUAUUGUAUUGUUUUAUGUACUGUGGCUUGCCAUUUUAUUGCUUAUAGUUUUGAUAUUAUUGUAACUGU